AUGCCUCCUCGAAAAAAGGUCAAGCGCGCGCAUUCGACGACGCCUCUUGAGGACACAGUUGCGCAGUCUAGCGUAGACACUCCUGGUUCUAGCGAUACUGCUGAGAAGCCCGAUGCGCCCUAUGACUUAUUAUCAGAUCCGUGGACGGAUGAUCAGGAAACAGCAUUGCUCAAGGCCAUCAUAAAAUGGAAACCUGUUGGCGUACAUAAACACUUCCGAAUGCUGGCAAUCGCCGAAUAUCUGAAAAGUCAAGGCUAUGCGCCGUCAUCAGCGGAGCAUAUGCGCAUACCGGGGAUUUGGAAGAAGCUUGGUACGCUCUACAAUCUCGAGGCUUUGGACGAGCGGGAAGAUGCCAUUUUUGCCGACAAUAAUGAGGACGACGAGGAACCGAGUGAAAUGUAUUGGCCUUUUGAGCUACCAUACGAUGAAUAUGGGGACCUCAUGUUUGAGAGAAGACUGGCCACGGAAGGUUCCCUAUCGCCAGUGAACAGUCGGCACGUGGAAUCCAGGCGCGGGAGCACUGUCGCAGAUACAGAUGAGAAGUUGAUCCGGUGGCAUACAAAAGAACCCCGUUCAUCUCCCAUCCCGUCUCGAGGCCGACGGUACACUCGCGGCGCUCGCCAGCCUACUCGCGAAACCCGCUCUACUCGCCUCCAAGUCGAAGUAGGCUCCGGUAGCCAGGGCAAAACGUCAGAUGAAGAGGCCGAAUCAAGUCAAGAGUCUGGAGCGAACGACGAAGGCCAGGACGAGGGCGGUGAGGACGGCAGUGAUGGUGGCAAGGACAGUGAAGGGGAUGUCGAGGGAGAGGCGGAGGAGGAAGAGGAAGACACUAGUGACAAAGGGGGCACGCGAAGCACGAGAGCGAAAGCAACUCGGUCGAAACCCAAGGGACCAAAGAAAGCACCCACAAAUACAGGUACCCGUCGCACUGCUCGUCGACGCUGA